CAACCCUCAUGCCCAAGACACUUCCCAGCAGGCGACGGUGACAUUGACGACUUAACCUGACAUGGAGACUUUCCUACGAAAAUGGCGACAAGACGCCUUGGACCGCCAUCAGUACGACUCUGCCAUCUUUGUUGGUGACAAACUGCUGGCCCUGACGAACUCCGACCAAGACGCAUAUGCCCUCGCCCAGACGCACUUCUCCGCCGGGAAUUACAAGCGCGCCUUAGCAUUCAUCUCCCGAUCCGACGUCCUCCAGCGAUUACCGGCAUCGCGAUAUCUCGCCGCUCACUGCUACGUACGACAGAAUAGACACGAAGAUGCAUUGGCGUUGCUCGGGGAAAAGAAUCCAGUGCACUUGGUCACGACAGCAGACGCCCAGCGACGGAAACUACAGCAUAUUAGUAACGGCCUGAGUUCAAAGCAGCAUGGAAAGUCAAAGCUGCCGAGUCGGACAGAACGAGUGGACAGAAGCGUAGAGCGAGAACUGGAAGAAGGGAGCAGCCUACGAUACGAAGCAGGCAUGUGUUAUUUGCGAGGGCUAUGCUACGCGAAGCAGAAUGCCUUUGAUCGCGCAAAGCAGUGCUACAAGGACGCGGUGGGAAUAGACGUGCAAUGCUUCGAGGCUUUCGAUCAGCUGGUGAAGAACUCGCUCAUGAGCCCGAAUGAUGAAUGGGACUUCCUGGACAGCCUCAAUUUUGAUAGUAUUCAGUCCGAGUCUGGAGACACUGUCUCAGCAGAAGCCGCCGAUUUUACACGAAACCUCUACUCGACUCGACUUUCAAAGUACGCGCGACCAGACGAGUUCGAUGCCGCUAUCGAUACAUUGUCGACGCAUUACAAACUGGCGCAAAACGCGGACAUCUUGCUGGCGAAGGCCGAAAAACUUUUUACAUCGUCGCGCUUCCAAGCUGCAGUCGAUCUGACAAACCAGAUUCUCGAGGCGGAUCCUUACAAUUUUGCCUGUGUUCCUCUACAUCUGUCACUCCUGGCACAACUCAACCACACACAUGCGCUCUUCGCCCUCUCGCAUAACCUCGCAGAUACACAUCCUAGCGAGCCUUGCACAUGGUUAGCCGUGGGUACCUACUACCUGGCCACGAAUCGAAUACCAGAAGCCCGGUCAUACUUUUCCAAAGCCAGUCUCAUGGACCCCCAUUUCGGUGCAGCCUGGAUUGGUUUCGCGCACACCUUCGCAGCAGAAGGCGAGAGUGAUCAAGCAAUCGCAGCAUACAGCACUGCUGCGCGGCUUUUCCAGGGCACGCAUCUUCCGCAGCUCUUCCUGGGAAUGCAAGAGAUUGCAUUGGGAAAUUUGGGGAUAGCCAGAGAGUAUUUGACAGCUGCAUACAAUCUAUGCGACAAGGAUCCCUUGUUGAUCAAUGAAAUCGGCGUGAUCAGCUAUAUGGAAGGUUCUUAUGAUAGUGCAAUCAACCAAUUCCUCCUCGCCCUACAGAUCUCACUGGACAACGAGGCCCCACAGGAGCAGUACGUCAGCACUCGACUGAACCUUGCGCAUGCAUUGCGAAAGGCUUGCAGGUUUCCAGAAGCUCUCGAGCAGUUCGAAGAAGUCAUCCGGCUGGGCAUGAGAGAUGCUGCAGCAUUCUCGAGCAAAGCCUUAUGCUUGCUAGAAAUGGACGAUGCUUUCAAGGCCACAGUUGCCCUACACGAAGCCCUCGCGAUAUCGCCUCAAGAUCCUAUCGCUACAGAUCUGCUCCAGAAAACAUUGACAGGGCUUUCUGAUCAAGGCGUUCUCGGAGGCGUGGAUGAAGGAUCCUGGGACCGGGGGAUCGCCAGUAGAGUCGAGCACGCGCGCAAAAGCCGGACUCGAGCAUUGAGAAGGAGAAGAGCAGCGCCACGAGCGGCGGAUGACAGUAUGGAACUCGAUGGGACCAGCGGUCCGUCGAACUCUUAGCGCGAGCAGACGAACAUUGGUCGUCAUGUCAGUGCAAGCAUCGCUCGGUGGGCGGUUCUCGACUAUGUCACUGGUGACCGGGAGAAUCGAGGCAGAGUUCAUUGGCGAACGACCAGCGAUAUGGCGCCGAGACGGAACACGGAGGAUAGGACCAACCAGCAGUGAUUGCCUGCGAGCUUGAACAUGACGCCUUCGAGCUUGGAUACUCGAAGGAAGAGAAUGAGGUGUAUGUGGCCAUGGCGUUUCUUGAUACCUAUAGCUACAUUACUCCAAACAGGCACAAGCGUCUUUGGUCAAGGUAGCAAGUUCCAUAGAGCUGGCAGUUCAGCUAUGCCACGGCACCUUUCAGUCUAACUCGGAUAGGAAGGAAGUUCAGCGAUCUGCUGCCAAAAUAGCUUGAGCUAGGAGGUAGCUCUACGCGUUGCGACAACAUGGUCCCAACGUGUGUCGUCUUACCGGAUGUUGAGUCGGCAUCAAAGACAAGACUGAAGACAACGUUGUAGGAAGGAUGUGACGGGAUGGUCGAUGUCUUCACAUGUUCCACGA